AUGCCAAGUGCAGAGCACCAACCACUCUUUAAACAAUACUCUGGAUACUUGAGUGGCCUCACUGAUGACAUCCAGCUACAUUAUUGGUUGGUCGAAUCCUACAACAACCCUGAGAAGGCACCUCUUAUUUUGUGGCUAAAUGGUGGACCGGGAUGUUCGUCUCUUGAUGGUCUGAUGUCAGAGAAUGGCCCAUUUACUCUCGUCGAAGGUCCCAAGUUGAUUGAAAAUCCUUACUCUUGGAAUAAGUUUGCAAAUGUUCUGUAUUUGGAAGCACCAGCUGGUGUUGGCUUUUCUUACACUGUAAACGGAAGCUGGGAGUCGAGCGAUGACUCGACUGCAGAAAACAACUUUUAUGCCUUACUCAACUUUCUAAAGAAAUUUCCUGAAUAUGAGAAACGUGAUUUCUUUAUAACCGGUGAAAGUUACGGUGGUGUUUAUGUGCCUACUUUGGCUCUACGUGUUCUUACUUCGGAAAAGUUCAACCUGAAGGCGAUUGCAGUGGGAAAUGGAAUGACCAAUUCUGAUCUACUAGACAACUCUGCUCUUUACUUUGCCAAUUAUCAUGGACUGGUAGAUGAAAGUAAUUGGAAUAUUCUAAUUAGUCAAUGCUGUCAAGUUGGAUAUCCAACGAAAUGUAUAUUUACAAAAAAUGACUCCGAUAUUUGUCAGAGUGCAGUUAGUCGUGUAGCGAGAAGUGCAAUGAAUGAAAUUAACAUCUAUAAUAUAUAUGCUGAAUGCGCUGGUGGUGUAAAACCAAUUUACUUCAAAGAGUAUUCAUCUUCUGUUGAAAAACAUGUACACAAUGAUUUUGGUAAUUUAUUCCGUAAGAACGCUUACAUUAACAAGCAUCAACACCUCAUGAAAGCAUUCCGUCCUAAACUUGGCACUCGUUUAGCUAUACCUUGUGUGAAUGAUUCUACAAUACGUGAAUUUUUCAAUUCACCAACUGUUCGUAAGGCCAUUAAUGUUAAAGCCAACAUACCAGAGGAAUGGGAUGUUUGUAGUAAAGAAGUUAACGAAAACUAUAAGCGUCAGUAUGAUGAUUUAUCACCACAAUACACUGAACUACUUCAAUCAGGUAUACAUGUUUUAAUCUAUAAUGGGGAUGUUGAUAUGGCAUGCAAUUAUAUCGGUGAUGAAUGGUUUGUGGAUAAUUUGAAUCUUCCAAUUGAAAAUACUCGACAACACUGGUUAUAUACACAAGUUGAUGGAACUGAUCAAAUAGGUGGAUACUGGAAAUCUUACAAGUUGAACAAAACUUUACUGUUCUAUACCACAGUGCAUGGAUCAGGUCAUAUGGUGCCAAAGGAAAAACCAAUUGCUGCUUAUCAAAUGAUGUCUAAAUUUACUCAAAGUGUGGAUACCUUCCAACUUUAA